AUGGCACUGGGCUGGGCUUGGGCCGAUGUCGCUGCUGACGACGGCGACCUCGAAAUCGAGAUGACUUCCAUGUGCCCCUCACAGUUUGAUGUCAUGGGUACCGGACAUGAUUUCCGGCAGGACAAUUCCCCGCCUACCACCCAACUACAUUGGUAUAGUGAUUGGUUCUUUGGUGUUUAUCAGUCGAUCGAUUCAUGUGAAAGCCUGGAAGAAGGCAUCAACGCAUCUUCUAGGCCUGUUUAUCACGGAACAGACGGCGGAGCCUCUGAUGUCACAGAGGUGAAGACAUUCUGCAGAGAAUAUAAGGGCCUUCACCUGGACACGAGGUCUGGGAAUGACGAUUAA